GCGGCCACUGCUGCAGCGCCUCCGGGAGCGCCGGCGCUGGGCUAUGGCUACCACUUCGGCAACGGCUACUAUAGCUGCCGCAUGUCGCACGGCGUGGGCUUGCAACAGAAUGCGCUGAAGUCGUCGCCCCACUCCUCUCUGGGAGGCUUCCCCGUGGAGAAGUACAUGGACGUGUCCGGCCUGGCCAGCAGCAGUGUACCGACCAACGAGGUGCCCGCGCGAGCCAAAGAGGUGUCCUUCUACCAGGGUUACACGAGCCCCUAUCAGCACGUGCCCGGGUACAUCGACAUGGUGUCCACCUUCGGCUCCGGGGAGCCUCGGCACGAAGCCUACAUCUCCAUGGAGGGCUACCAGUCCUGGACGCUGGCCAACGGGUGGAAUAGCCAGGUGUACUGUACCAAGGACCAGCCACAGGGGUCCCACUUUUGGAAAUCAUCCUUUCCAGGGGAUGUGGCUUUAAAUCAGCCAGAUAUGUGUGUCUACCGACGGGGAAGGAAAAAAAGGGUGCCUUACACCAAACUGCAGCUCAAAGAACUGGAGAAUGAGUAUGCCAUUAACAAGUUCAUUAACAAGGACAAGCGGCGGCGGAUUUCAGCUGCCACAAACCUAUCUGAGAGACAAGUGACCAUUUGGUUUCAGAACCGAAGAGUGAAGGACAAGAAAAUCGUCUCCAAGCUCAAAGAUACUGUCUCCUGAUGUGGACCAAGCUGACCACAACUUAAUUGCUUUCAGUUGUCUCCAAAAGACCUUUGUAAAGACUUGAAUAUAUAUUUAA